UGACGUUGCAGCAAUAAACACGUAGCUAGCUAGCAUGCAGGCUAAACGUGUAAACCUUACACCAACCUAAGCACUUUUAAACUUCAUUUUUGACCGCUUUUGUGAUUACUCUGCUCGCUAGAAUGAGAAGUCAGUGGAACGACAAUACCUCCUGAGUCGAAAAAUUGUCGUGUCAAGAUUUAUUAAUUAUUUCUUUAAAUUUUGGACAUCACAAACUGCCUGACGGAAAUACAGUUGACGAGUGUGGCUGCUUGGAGUUCCAGCCUCAGUCUGUAGUGCCAGAGGUGGGAUGGAUCCUCUGGGUGCUCGCUCCCAGUUUGUGGACAUCCAGACUCUCCCCACGUGGCAGCAGCAGCUGGAUGAAGAUGGCGAGAAGACACCGCAGGAGCAGAGCGACAGCCUGCUCAGCCAGCAGGCCUUCCCCUCGCCCUUCCCCUUCAGACCAGACAUUAACCGCAAGAUCAUCCUCUUCUGUGGUGACAUCGCCCUGCUGAACUGCACUGCCAUCUUGAACACCAGCAACGAGUCGCUAAACGACAAGAACCCGUUGUCUGACAGAGUCCAUCAGCUGGCAGGGCCCGAGCUCCGAGACGAGCUGCUCAAACUCAAAGGAUGUCGGACAGGUGAGGCGAAGUUGACCAAAGGCUUCAAUCUGGCAGCGAGGUUCAUCGUCCACACAGUGGGACCAAAGUACAAAGCCAAAUACAGGACGGCAGCAGAGAGCUCGCUCUACAGCUGCUACAGAAACACCAUGCAGCUGGCCGUAGAGCAGUCAAUGGCGUCUGUUGGCCUCUGUGUGGUGAACACGGCCAAAAGAGGUUACCCACUGGAGGACGCUACACACAUAGCUUUCAGAACAGUGCGCAGGUUCCUGGAGAAUCAUGGAAACAGCCUGGAGACAGUGGUGUUCGCAGUGUCCGACACAGAGGAGCGGCUGUACAAGAGGCUACUGCCUCUGUAUUUCCCUCGCUCUGAGGAAGAGGAAAGGGCCUGCUUGCCUCUCAUCCCAGCUGACAUUGGCAACUCUGAGGGUGAACCCGUUGUCCCAGAGAGACAGAUCCGCAUCACAGAGAAACCAGGCACCCUGGAAGAUGAUUCUGAAGAGGAGAGUCUGGAGUCAGAUCUUGGGCAGGUGGGGAAUCACGCAUUCGCCCGGAUGGAGGGUGAUGUGGACAAACAGCGGAAACAGAUCCUGCAGGGCCAGAUGUCAGAGGCGGCCAUCCACAAACAACAUCAGAGGAAUUACAAUCGCUGGCUUUGUCGCGCGAGAGCAGAGGAUCUGUCAGACAUUGCUGCACUGAAAGCCCUAUAUCAAACUGGUGUGGAUAUGUGUGGCAGGACAGUGAUUAUUUUGGUUGGACGAAACAUCCCAGUGACCCUUAUUGACAUUGAAAAGGCCCUGCUGUACUUCAUCCAUGUGAUGGACCACAUCACAGUGAAGGAGUAUGUGAUGGUUUACUUCCACACACUGACCAGCGAGCACAACCACCUGGAUUCCAACUUUCUCAAGAACCUCUACGACAUCGUGGACACCAAGUUUACAAAGAAUUUAAAGGCCUUCUACUUUGUACAUCCAACAUUUCGCUCCAAGGUCUCAACCUGGUUCUUCACCACUUUUAGUGUGUCUGGAAUGAAGGACAAGGUUCGCUACCUGGACAACCUGCAGCAGCUCUUCACCUGCAUCAAACCUGAGCAGAUUGACAUUCCUCCGUUUGUUCUGGAGUAUGACGCACGGUUGAAUGGACCGCACCAUCCCUCCCAGUCCUCCAGUCUGUGACAGGAAACCAAUCGGACCUCCCAGCCGGGGUGACGAGGUGGUGUCAGCCUGUCAAGUGGAAGCCAUUUAUGGACAUUUUGUUGCCCGUGCGGUCUGAACUCCUAACCUCUUCUUAAGGCUUUGAAACGUCAUCGUGGGGAAACUCUCCUUUUGUUCUGUCCCGGCCAAAUGGACAAAAUGAACAGUCGCAACCCACGUUAACCAGUAUGUGGCCUGGUGAGCGGUCGUUCUCUCUCUCACCACAGACUAUUUGUGGAUCUGGUAAUGGUUUCUGGAUCAUGCCUUACUCCAACAUUUCUUAUUCAGCAGUUUCCUCAAACAUCCGUAAAGAGGAAGUUGUCGAGCCCGACAAACGUUUUCCAUAAUGUGGUCGUGUAGGACGUCCUCGCCCAUGUCUCAGAAUAUGGUCAGGCUUUUUGAAUGCUGGAGUAUAAUGACGUCUGUCUGGAUUUCCACACCGUCUCAUUCUGUAUGGUACCAUGCAAGACAGAAGUAAAGACUAAGCUGGGAAUUCCCAGCCAGUACCUUGUAAUAACAACCUCUUGCGGUCACAAUCUGGAAACCCCAGGGGAGAAAAAACAUUUUGUCUAUCUUGGUUAAGCUAGCUAUCAUAAAACAUUUUACUUUAUCACAAAGUUACGUUUAUUGAUUAAGCAACUUAAAAGAAUAUUUCUACAUUUUGAAAAAUAUGCAUAUUUGCUUUAUUUGGCUAGGGCUUGAAUGUAACGCAUGUAAAUGUAUAUGUAAAAGUCCUGCAUUCUAGCUUUAAUUUAAAAAAACGUAAUACAUUAAUCGAUAAUGAAUAUAGUCAUUAGUUUCAGCCCUCAUCACAAAGCUGUCAGUCAAAAAGUUCUCUUCUAUGGCGGUGCCUGUGUAAGAAUACCUAGCUGUUAAGUCAGCCAACUUGUGAAGCUGAAGGUCCUGUCUGUCUGCAGUUGUAUUUUACAGUUUACAACAGCGUUUCUCCACCUGGAGGUUCAGGAGAUGCUUUCGAGAAUUACACACAAUAUUCUCCCACUGCACUUAAUUAUUGUCUCAUGUUUUUGCUUCCAAAGUGUUCUACGAUGAUACAUUUUGUCCUGUGAAUUGCUGGCUUAUUUUCAGCUGCUCUGCAUCCUCCAGAACUCUCUCUCUCUUUGGUUGAAUGGAUGCUGUCUCAGUCAUGGAAAGGAUUCACUUUGUUAUAAGGGUAUACAAGCCAAAAAAGUGAUGAAAACUGCUGUUUUAUAGCCAUUCUCACUGUUGCAUGAUAAAAAAAGUAAAGUUAGCAAAUUUUUCUCCUCCUGUUGUCAAUGGCGCUCAACAUUUGUUUUUGUCAGUUUGUUAAAAAAGCAUUUUUCCUUUUUUUUAUUUGCACACUUAUGCUCUCCUUUACUUGGUGUUUUAACAAUGCAUAAGCAGUUUGAUUUAACUUGGACUACCAGACGAGAGGAUUUACCUUUUCAGGGCAACCCUAAAAUCAAAUGUAUUGAACUAAACUUUAAAAACAUUCCUGUGAUUGUCUAAAAGCAGUCAUCAUGUUGCAAACCUCCAUCUGUCUGGUAACACAAGAGGUAACACUAUAACAAUAAAUGUAGGUUCUGUUUGACUAACGUACGUCACUGGUGGGAGGGAUUUCACAUGCAUGUAAUCAUCCCGUCCUGUCAGAAUUCUUUCAUUUUAGCUCUGUUGGCAAAAAACAAACAUUCUCAGCUCUUGAUUGGAAAGUUAUUUUCAUAAAUGUUCUAAACCCUGACAUAGAAGCAUGCAUGUCUGCAAAGCCAGAAAAGUCAUGACGGAUUAUUAUCGUUCAGCUUUAAAGAUGAGGUUCUUAAAUUGUAAUUUACUCGGCGGAAUUUGUAAAUUCAUCGUUAUUCAGCUGGUGAAAUACUUGUAUAUUGCUUGAGGACAUUUUAUUUGAUUGUUGAAUUGUUUUAUAACAAACAUUCAGUCACCAUGUGAGGAAAUGCAACGAGCCAAUAACUUUAAUCAACUGUUUAAUGUUUUAAAAUCUUGUUUUUCUAAAAA